GUUGCCCCGCCAGUGAGUGAUCAACCAGAGAGUAGACAUGCUGAACCACUAGUUCACGUAGGAUCCUGCCUGUGGUUCUCCUUACUUUAUUGAAGAGUUAUGACGGGGAGCAUGUUUAAAACCGAACCUGUAACGUUAUUUGGUAACUGAUUAGCAGAAAUCACAGAAUCAUAAAAAAACAAUUGGAGAGAACUACUUGAGCCAGCCGGGUCUGACAGGGUGUAGGAAUGGCAGCUCCCCGGCCGAUAAAAGGCAUCCUGAAAAACAAGAACAGCGGGGCAAACGUUAAAUCGCUACCCGAAGACGUCCGGUCAGAGAGUCCUGAACAAGCCCCUGCACUCUCGGAGGAUGACCAACAGAAGAAAUCCCAGAAAUGGGAUGAGAUGAACAUCCUGGCCACGUACCAUCCAGCCGACAAAGACUAUGGUCUGAUGAAGAUUGAUGAACCAAGCACACCUUACAACAGGAUGGUGGGGGACGAAGAUGAUGAGGGCGCGCUGAGUGACUCUGAUGGCCACAGCGGACUCGCAGCUGAUGACCUGGCAUCAAAGCUGGUAGCAGCAGAGGGCUCAGAGCCUCGCUUCAUGAAGGAAGAAGAAGAAGAGGAGGAAGUAGAAGAGAGCAGCGAGGAGGAGGAAGAUGAGAUGACUCCUGAAGAACAAGCCAAAAAGAAGCAUUUUCAGAUGAUGAGGAAGAUGCACUACAACGAGGGCAUGAACAUCAAGCUGGCCCGCCAGCUCAUUGCCAGCGAGCUAGAAGAGGACGAAGACGUGGACGAAGAGAUGAGGGACGACACAGAAGAGGCGAGGGAGGAAACGGAGGAGAUCAAUGUUGACCCACCACAGGAAGCUGAUUCCCUGGACUCGUAGAUGAGGCCCCUCUUCUACCUUCAGCCCUGUGUGUCGGCUCAAGAUGCAGAAAGACAAUGCCACUGCGCUCUGUGUUUUAAUGCCGGGCCGUACAGCAGACACCGCUUCACCACCCAUAUAACAACCCUCAGCAGCCAAUAACUUCCUGGUCACCUGUCUGUCUCUACUAUUCCUUAGAACUGUGCAAUAUAACCUUAAAACACACUGGUUUUUAACUCCCAGAAUCAGUACACACAAGUGAAGCUCCUUCCUCUUCCUCUCUCUCCUGUUGCCAAGAAUCCCCCCCCCCCCCACUCCAACUUCCUCUGAACUGGCGUCGCACUGAAGAAUAUUUGAUUCUGACUCUGCAAGGAGGAUCAAAAAAACCCAGCAGGGCUCCCGUCUGGCUGCUCAACAGUCACCAGGCCACAGAGCCAGUACGUCAGCCCUGGAGGAAACCAGGGGAAACCCAACGGCCUCACUAAAGGCAUAUCUGAGACAUGACGACGGCACUUAUACUGGGUGCACUUCAGAUGGCUUUUAUUUUUGUUUUGCUUUGUGACCCACCACUCUGUUUGCAUUUUCUCUUCUCCUUUCAGUGUGUUUUGUGACAAAAGUUGGACACUGAUGACCACUUAUAGGUUUUAUGUUUGUGUGACUUUACCUGGUAAUUCAGGUAAGUUGUUGACAUUAGCAUGAUGGUGGUAUGACAAUUUAGGAGCUAUAUAUUGGUCGAACAGUAGCUCCUAAACAUAACCUUCGUAAUCUAAAUUACAUUAUUAAAAAAAAUCAUUAUUCAACCAACAAUACAAGUGAAACAACACACAUGGUCCGUAUUAUAUUGGCUAAAUUGUCCCAGGAUGUCUUAUUUUACGUUCUCUCUUUACAAGCAAGAACACCACAUAAAAACCUCAUUUCAAAUUCUGGCAAUUUUAAAAAAACAUAUAUACCUCACAGAACCACACUGUAGGCCAAAUUUUCCCCAAACACUGACAAAUUUGGCAUUUAUGUUGUAAAAGCAUUUAAAUCAAUCAAUCAGUUUAUUUUGUGAAAGAAGAUCUUAAAAAUGUUUAGUCAAGACUGAGUCAGGCUUAUGACCCCUGUGUUUUUCCUGGCCAUUUUAGCUCUUUAUAAUAGAAGUACAGCACAUGCUACUGAUAAACAGGACCGUGUCCCGUGUUUAACAGGCUACAGCUUUCAGCGCCAGGCUCUUAUGUAGGGUAGACAAAGAAGCAACCAGCGCUCAUUGUACUCUCGCGCCCAGACGACCUGCGUAUUUAACUUCUCGUUGCAUGAGAGCUUCACCAGGCAGAAUUUGUGAAGAAGUUCUUGAGGAAAGUACAAUCAUCUAGUUUGUGUUUAAUUUCUCACCUGGCUUCAAUACACUUUAUUUAAUGUUGUCUGAUGUACUUAAGUGUGUACGACGCAGCUUGGUAAUGUGAAAGAGUUGCCAUUGAUGCUACUGACAAGUUGGUUGAAGCGGAUGUUGGCGAAAGGAGUUAACCACUAAGGUUUAUUGGAGGUGAACGGUUUUUGUAAUUUCUUGGGUUCCUAAGUAUCAAGAAAGUUACUGCAAAGUCUUAAAAAACUGUAGGAUUUGACAAAAGUAUUGAUGAAAAUAAAUAAAUAAAUUGCAAUGGUAAUGUUGUUGACUGUCAGUUCCUGGGGAGUGAUCCUCAGCUACACACUGGAAGGUUUUACUUGGCAGUUGAAUGAAGAACCAAAUGCCCAAAGAGAAAAGUAUGUUGGAACUCUGAGUAUGUCUAGUGUUGUGAUCUCUUAAUGUUCUUCAGACCCUUUAAUUCUUCACUGUGUUGAGCUCUGUAUUACAGACACACAGGAUCACAGACCCAACAGACUGACUUCUGCAGACGUCCCUUUGCGGUUUAGUUCUUGUAAUUUAGUCUUCGGUGGCAUUUUUUGUCUCCAUGUUAAAGUUUAAAGCAACUUCCUUUCGACUAUUUCCCACCAAUCAACAAGCUCACAUUCGAGCAGUUUAUUAUCACACGAUUAUUGUAAAGAAACAGGAAUAGUUAUGUCUUGAAAUACAUUUUUUUUAAUUUUGGUUUAUUUGUAAACCGAUAGAAAAGACAACGGCAGAGAAGCUGAUACGCUCGGUUUAUCUUCUCUUAAGACAAAAGGACAACGUCGUCCGAAACGUAACUGACAUGAUCACCCCAUCGGUGGUGGUUACCUGUCAAAUGUGCCUCUUACGUAUUUAUGUACAUGUGUGUAAAAUGAACAGGCUAUGCCACAUGUUAAGGUUUUUUGUUGUGUGCCGUUUUUCUUUUGCCUCACGUGUCCAGUGUCUCGCUUUUUACUUUUGCACCACUUUGUUUUGUUUUCUAAGGAUGACAGACUGUUAGGGAGUCCUGUGACUCUGCACUGUGUGUCUGUCUCAAAAUGACACAGAUGUCAAAAUCCAUGUUUAUGUAUUUCCAGUUGGCAUGUUCGAAAUCAUCAGUUGGUUUGUUAUUCUGUUUUGUUUUUGUCUCCUGUCAUUAAACAAAUGUUGUUAGUAACUAACAA